GGGGAAGGAGUGCUUCCUGGAGGAGGAGGAUGGGGAGGAUCAGAACCGGGUUCUCCAAGGAGCUGCCCUACUAUCCCGGGGUGUCGCAGGAAUGCCAAGCCUGGCGGUGUAUGUGUGCUUCUCUCAGGCCACCCCCCCAAAAUCGGGGGGGGGAGAAAGGGGGGACCAUCGGCCUCAGAGGGGAGGCGGGGCAGUGCGCAAGUGUGCUGGGAGCUGUGGGUUCACGGGCUGGCUUCCUAAAAGAAGUUGUAGAGAGCAGACGCAGCAGGAACCACCUAGGAAGAAAGUCCCGUCAAAGGCAGGGCGUGGAGAGGCCGUGCAGGGCGCAGGCGCGCCUGGAAGGCGCAAGGAUGAAGGCGGAAGCGUUUCCAAGAGAGACGUAAGCAAAACAGAGUCGCGCGCAGGCGCAUUGGGAACUCCAGAGGCGGCGCAGGCGCAGUGAAGCCGGUGACACCAGCAUGACGGGGCCGCACGUGUCCCGGGUCCGGGCCCUGUACCGCCGGCUCCUGGCGUUGCACCGCGCGCUGCCGCCCGACUUGCGCGCUCUAGGCGAUCAGUACGUGAAGGACGAGUUCCGGCGCCACAAAGGCGUAGGCCACGAGGAGGCGCUGCGAUUCCUGCGCGAGUGGGAGAGGUACGCAGCAGCGCUCCAGCAGCAGACGAGUGGAGCCGCGGGGACGCCGCUGGGGAGCCCGCCUCACCGAGGAGCAGCUGGACCCACUUCAACGAGGAGCAGAUCGGCCAGCUGCAGGAGCUCAUGCAGGAGGCCACCAAGCCCAAUCGGCAGUUCAGUAUGGGGGACCCAGCCAAGCCCCAGGCCUAGAGCCUCCUCGAUGGGACUCUCCUGCGCUGUGGCCAUGAAGCGGGGGCUUCUGGGGGCGGCAGCUGCUUGUUUGGGCAGCUUUUACCCUUGAACUAUUGCUGGUCUGCUAGUGAGAUGCUCCUGAAACUAACUGUAUGCUUCCCCAGCUACCUUAGUGUACAGGGACCCCGGACACCCAUAACCUGUUUGCGGGAAAGCCACCCAGAGGCCCCCAGUGUUCCCCAGCCAGCCGGCCUUGCUGGGCUGCUGCCACAGACCAUCUAUAGCUACCUUGUGGUCAGCCCUUGCUCAGACAUCCUGCCUCUGGGUUCCCCCAUGCCCCCUCUCUGUCCCCCUCUGCCCCCCUCUGCCCCUCUCUGUCCCCCUCUGUCCCCCUUUGCCCCCCUCUGCCCCUCUGUCCCCCUCUACCCCCCUCUGCCCCUCUCUGUCCCCCUCUGCCCCCCUCUGCCCCCCGCCCUCUGCCCCCCUCUGCCCCUCUCUGCCCCUCUCUGCCCCCCUCUGCCCCUCUCUGUCCCCCUCUGUCCCCCUCUGCCCCCCCUCUGCCCCCCUCUGCCCCCCUCUGCCCCUCUCUGCCCCUCUCUGCCCCCCUCUGCCCCUCUCUGUCCCCCUCUGUCCCCCUCUGCCCCUCUCUGCCCCCCUCUAGGCCCCUCUGUCCCCCUCUGCUCCAGCACUCCUUAGGGCUAGCGAGUGCACAUUGUCCUGAGGGGUCUGGGCCCCUCCAGCAUGUGUCUGUGUGUCUUCCCUUAAUAAAGAUCCUUCCACGCC